GCAGCAACAUGCUGAACAGUACAACUAGCGUUUAAGUAUUACAAUUGGCUAAAUACAAUAAACAAAGGGGUUUGAAUUGACUUGUUAUGAUAUUGCAUGCCAGAACAAACACAACGUUGGGAAUAUUUUCCUAAACUGUGUUACCCACUCCAGUCAGCAAAUGGCGAUAUGCGUCUUUCAGGUGGCGCUUCUUGCGUGACGUAUUAACUAGUGGACGGAACUGCAACAACAAAACAGCUGAUUCAACCACCUCGGUAACUUGCUUGCUAACAUAAAACCGAAACAUUGAAGCUCUGUAGAUCAUUGGGUUUGUAUUAACUUCAGUGUUUUUAACAUACUGUCUGCGUCUUUACUAGUUACUCCAUUUAAUAUUUACGUUGUUAGUCAACUAGCUGACUGGUUAAAGUAGCCGAGCACUAGGCUAGUCGCUAAAGCUAACUAGCUAGUUAACAUCCCCGACCAUGAGUUCAUUAAGCUACUCCCCUCCUGCUAAAGAAGAAGAGGUCUGUUGGACGGAGAAAGUUAUUGUGAAAGAGGAGAAGGAAGAGGAGGCUGUUACAGUUAAAAAGGAAGUAGAGGGUGAAGCUGUUACAGUGAAAGAAGAAGAAGAAGCUUUCGGAGUGAAAGAGGAGGAAGAUAAACAAGAGAAUGUCGUUUUUGUUGAGGAGGAGAAUAUGACUGUAUUAGUAAAAGAAACGGAACAAGUUUUUGGAGUGAAGGAGGAGGGGGAGAUUACUGUCACAUUGGAGGAGGAGGAAGAAGAAGAAGAGAAUAAUGGAGAUCUGAUUAACACCAGAGAGAGACAAGACUCAGAGGAACCAGAGCCAGAGACGUCCAAACCAGCAAGACGACACCAGUGCUCCCAGUGUGAAAAGAGUUUUACCAAGUUAGGGAGCUUGAAAAUACAUAAUAGAAUACACACAGGAGAGAAGCCCUACCAAUGCUCCCAGUGUGGAAAGCAGUUUACCCAGUUAGGGACCCUAAAAUUGCAUAAUAGAAUACACACAGGAGAGAAGCCUUACCAAUGCUCCCAGUGUGGAAAGAGAUGUUCACAGUUAAGUUCUCUGAAAUCACACGAGAGAAUGCACACAGGAGACAAGCCUCACAAAUGCUCUCAAUGUGGCAAUACUUUUAAGCGGUUAAGUAACCUGAAAGAUCAUGAAAGAUUACACACAGGAGAAAAGCCUUACCAAUGUUUCCAUUGUGAAGAGAGUUUUGGCUGGUCGAGGCAACUGAAAGCGCAUGAGAGAACACACACUGGAGAGAAGCCUUAUCACCACUGCUCCCAGUGUGGAAAGAGUUUUAUCCAGUUAUGGAACCUGAAAGCACACGAGAGAAUGCACACAGGAGACAAGCCUCACAAAUGCGCUCAAUGUGGAAAAACGUUUAACCGGUUAUAUAACCUGAAAGUACAUAAGAGAAUACACACAGGGGAAAAGCCUUAUCACUGCUCCCACUGUGGUAAGAGUUUUAUCCUAUCAAGGGCCCUGGCAACGCAUAAGAGGACACACACAGGAGAAAAGCCUUACCAUUGCUCCCAAUGUGGAAAGAAUUUCACUGACUCAAGUAACUGGAAAAAACAUGAGCUAACACACUCUGUAAAGAAGCGUUUCCAGGGUUCUCGUUGUGAAAGGAGGUUUAAGAAGUUAGGGAAACUGAAGCAGCAUGAGAAAAUACACACUAGAGAGAAGCCUUUUAGAACUGCUCCCACUGUGGAAUGACAUGUACCUGGUUAAGGCAACUGAAAUGACAUGAAAGAAUCCACACGGGAGAGAAACCUUACCAAUGCUGCUCCCACUGUGGAGAGUGAGAUUUCACACAAACUUACAGUUCAUGAGUUAACACACUGCUCCCACAUUUGUCUAAUUUUGGACUGAAAGUUGGUGCUUUUGUGGUUUUGUUUAUGUCCUUAUUGACAAAUGAAAUCAGAUUGGAGAAAUACAUUUGAAUGUUUUUUUAAUUUCCUGUUUUAGGGGGUUGGAUACAGGAUAUGAACCUGGUUUAGGGGUUGGAUACAGGAUAUGAACCUGGUUUAGGGGUUGGAUACAGGAUAUGAACCUGGUUUAGGGGUUGGAUACAGGAUAUGAACCUGGUUUAGGGGUUGGAUACAGGAUAUGAACCUGGUUUAGGGGUUGGAUACAGGAUAUGAACCUGGUUUAGGGGUUGGAUACAGGAUAUGAACCUGGUUUAGGGGUUGGAUACAGGAUAUGAACCUGGUUUAGGGGUUGGAUACAGGAUAUGAACCUGGUUUAGGGGUUGGAUACAGGAUAUGAACCUGGUUUAGGGGUUGGAUACAGGAUAUGAACCUGGUUUAGGGGUUGGAUACAGGAUAUGAACCUGGUUUAGGGGUUGGAUACAGGAUAUGAACCUGGUUUAGGGGUUGGAUACAGGAUAUGAACCUGGUUUAGGGGUUGGAUACAGGAUAUAAACAUGGUUUAGGGGUUGGAUACAGGAUAUGAACCUGGUUUAG